AUGUCUCUGUCUAGCAUCCCCACCGUGAAGGGCAAGCCGUUCCACUCCAACACCCUCAAAGGCAGGCCUGUCCGGGGUUCGGAAUACUACGCUCAGCAUCUCCUCCACCCGCUCAAGUCUCUUGGACGGCUAGUCACCGACACCCAGGCAGUCAUGCCCUUCAACUUCACCGCCGGAACACCCUCGUUCUUCGGUCACGGCGGCCACCAAACCACCGCCGUUAACGUUCUUCACGAGCAGAUCUUCAACGUGUCGAACAUCCCGUACUUCAACCGGAUGAUGCCGGGAGUGGGACACACUAUUUACUCCAAGUACGAGGAGCUGGCGGCGGUGGUGACCGAGCACGCCACCGGCCCGUUAUCUGUAGGCCUAUCAGACUUCAGCAGUCCCGCCUCGAGCGAGAGGUCCUCCGCGCCCUCUCUCUCGCCAUCUAAAGAAAGUUUAUUCCACCUUAGAGGAACCGAAUUAUCACCGAAGAAAACACGCACUUAUAGUUUCAGCGAGGACGACCUUUUCAUGGUGCUGUAUGGAUAUUCCCGGAGUCAGGAGCAGAAUGCCGGUUUCCCCAUCUCAGGAGUAGCCCUGCUUGGGAACUCAGGUAGACAGAUACAGCCUUUGAAAUGUUAGCGAAACUAGAAAGGGUAAUUUCCUUCACGGAAAACGUGCGUGCUUGCUUCAGCUGUCCAAAAGUAUGUUCGGAAGAAGUUUACAAGUUUACAUUGUUAGAUGCAACAACCACUUGGGGCAGGAUAUUUAAUCAGUAGCCUACAGGAAUAGGCAAUAAUUCUGUAUUUCUAGGUGGGAUUUGAUGAUUAUUGGUUUACCUUUUGUUAGCUGUUGUUGUCUCAAAUCCACAAAUCCACAUUACACUCUGGGUAGGGAUAGAACUAUGUGUAGUAGGUUAUUUCAAGAGUGGCCUACAUCAUGAAACCAAACUGUCAAUUUCAGGAGGCUUAAUCUAGGUCUGGGAAACCAGCCCAUAUUGUCAGUCGUCUGUGUUUUGAUUUGUAAUGUUCCUUAUAGUGUGUUUGAUUUGUAAUGUUCACCAUUGACGACCAGCAACAUUCUCUUCAACAGUUUGCAACAGCGAACGACUCACCUUGGAAACGGAGGCGCUUGGACUUCCAAAAGGUAAGCGCUCUCUCUCGCCCGCUCUGUGAACGUGUAAAGUUGUGUAAAAGGUGUUAAGUUUAACGUGUUUUUUUAAAUGUCACUUACAGGGUUAUCUAUCCACCAGACGAGUUAUGGCAGUUUGUCCCACUACGGAGUUUUCGCAGAGAAGAGCGCCAUCACCAAGGGAACCCGGUUCGGCCCAUUUCAGGGGAAACUGGUCAAUACCAGCGAGAUCAAAACAUACGACGACAACACGCUGAUGUGGGAGGUCAGUUAUUAUUUUAUGUUUCUUUUUUGUGUGUGUUAUUUGUCGUCAGAUAAACGUUUUUAAAAACCUUUUGUCUUUUAUUUUGUGCAUUAACCAACUGUGCGUAAAUGUGGGCCUAAACGGAGAUGCUUGAUUUCCAAUUAAAUCCCCGCCCAUGCAGUUAAACAAUUUGUAGCCACUUCAACUUCUGUGCCAUAUAAUAGUCCUGUGCACUCUUAGAAAAAAUUGAUAUUUGGGGUUCUUAAUAGAACCUUUUGCUUCUUUGGACGAGAUUAAAGAACCCUUUACAAAAAAAAGGUUAGGCAUAUAUAUAGACUAUAUAGAACCUUGAGGGUUCUAUCCCUACCCAGAGUGUAAUGUGGAUUUGAGCCAACAACAGCUAACAAAAGCUAACACAAUCACAUCACACUCUGAAAUGACAGCUAACUAUCUCCCUUUUCAUUUGUUUUAGCUGUUUUGCAUUGACAUUUAUGUCCAUAUUAAUGAUGCUGCUGCAUGAUUUCGCCUGGUUAGAAAAAAUGGCAAGCUGACUACGUCCAACACGUUAACUCUCUAUGGAAGGAGGAGAUCGAAUUCACAUUUUGCAACAUUGUUACCGAGGUCGGAGUGGCGAACAGUAAGGUUCAUACAAACGUGCUGUUGCUAACUAAAAUGUUAGCUAGAAGCAAGAGGAAAUAAAGUGUUUAAUAAAAGCAUACGCUCUUAGAUUUAAAAAAAAGAAAGGAAUACAUUUUAACUGCCAUUCUGAUUUAAAAAACAAACUGCCAUUCCAGCAUGAAGAUGCAAGAGGAUGGUGGUUGAACUUGCAAAUAGCCAAUAAGGCAGUAACAACCCAGACUGGCCUAUAGCCAGAGUUGGUACCAAGAUUGACCUGGGCCGUCAUUCAAACAAACAGAUGCCUCCCUGGCCACCAGUGCAUAUUUCCAAACUAUGUUUGCAUAUAAUGACAAAAUCUAAAAACCAUGCUGGUAUUCAUGUGUCCAUUAUUUCAUUUUUUUAUUAUAUUAUAUUCUUAGCAAAAAAUAUUAAAAUGUAUUAGUAGUUGCCAUAAUUCAUAAAUGGCACCAUACAGGGUUCUAUAUGGAAACAAUUUUGGUUCAGUGAAUAAGAACCCUUGGGGUUCUGAUCAAAGAACUCUAUGAUGAAAGGGUUCUAUAUAGAACUUUUAGGUGUUCCAUAUAUGAAGCAAGCGAUAGAACCCUUUUUUUUCUCUAAGAGUGUAACAACAACAUUUUCUCCCUAUCGGUUGAUCCAGGUGUUUGAAAAUGGCCGGUUGAGUCACUUUGUCGACGGCCGGGGCUCAUCCGGUAACUGGAUGUCCCUAGUGAAGUGUGCGCGCUUCCCGGAGGAGCAGAACCUAAUCGCGGUACAGAGUAAGGCACAGAUCUUCUACGAGGCGUGUAAAGCGAUCCAGACGGGCCAGGAGCUGUUGGUCUGGUACGGGGACUGCUAUGUUCAGUUCCUGGGGAUUCCACUCACUCUGAAGGACUCGCUGGAGGAAGGGAACGCCAUGCUUCCACAUGAAGGUAAGGACAGUUCAUAUAGAAUAUAAUUACUUUAUUUUUUCCCAGUGGGAACUUCAUUUGUGGGUAGCAUAUAUGGCCCGUUAUUCGUGUAUACCUAUUUGCAUGGUGAAUAUUUUCAUAUAAACAUCACAUUGCUCUACUGGGCCUCAUUCUAUUCUCUAUUCUAUUCUACAUGUGUAUCAAACGUAUUUAUUUCUAGCAACAACGACGCCACUACAAUUUACCAAGGCAUUCCCUAAUGUUUUCCUAUUUCAGAUGCUGGAGAGGGUUUUAAGUGUGACCGGUGUGGGAAAGUGUUCGCCUAUCAAUACUACAGAGACAAACACCUGAAGUACACGCGCUGCGUGGACCAGGGGGACAGGAAGUUCCCGUGCCACCUUUGCAACAGGUCGUUUGAGAAGAGAGACCGAUUGAGGAUCCACGUCCUACACGUCCACGAGAAACACCGACCACAUAAGGUGACACAGCGCCUUCAGGAAGUAUUCAUACCCCUUGAUUCAAUUGUUUGUUUUAUCUCCCCCAUCUACACACACUACCCCAUAAUGACAAAGUGAAAACACGUUUUUUGAAAUGUUUGCAAAUGUAUUGAAAAUUAAAUACAGAAAUAUCUCAUUUGCAUGUAUAUAAGUAUUCACACCCCUUUACUAUGACACUCCAAAUUGAGCUCAGGUGCAUCCAAUUUCCUUUUAUCAUCCUUGAGACUUCACUACAACUUGGAGUGUAAUCAUUGGAGGUUGCUGUUCACCGCUGCUCCCCAUCUAACUUAACAGAGAAGGAAGAAUGGGAGAAAAUCCCCAAAUCCAGAUAUGCAAAGCUGAUACAGACAUAACCAAGAUGACUCAAAGCUGUAAUCACCACCAAAGGUGCUUCUACAAAGUAUUGACUCAGGGGUGUGAAUACUUAUAUAAAUGAGAUAUUUCUCUAUUUCAUUUUCAAUACAUUUGCAAACAUUUCGAAAAAUGUUUUCACUUUGUCAUUAUGGGGUAUUGUGUGUACAGUCGUGGUCAAAGGUUUUGAGACUGACACAAGUAUUGGUCUUCACAAAGUUCGCUGCUUCAGUGUUAUGAGAUAUUUUUGUCAGAUGUUACUAUGGUAUACUGAAGUAUAAUUACAAGCAUUCCAUAAGUGUCAAAGGCUUUUAUUGACAAUUAGAUUAAGUUUAUGCAAAGAGUCAAUAUUUGCAGUGUUGACCCUUCUUUUUCAAGACCUCUGCAAUCCGCCCUGGCAUGCUGUCAAUUAACUUCUGGGCCACAUCCUGACUGAUGGCAGCCCUUUUUGCAUAUCAUGCUUGAGUUUGUCAGAAGUGUGGUUUUGUUCCCCCGCCGAGGAUCGACCACAGUUCUCAUGGAUUAAGGUCUUGGAGUUCCGGCCUGGACAAAUGGCUAUGUUUUUCUCGGAGCCACUAUAUCCUGCCUAUGUCAGGUGCCCAUAUGCUGGAAGGCUUGCUCAACCAACUGUCUUGGAGGGUUUUUGUCUCGAAUGUGUUGGUUUUUUUGUGUGUCUUACCCAAAAUCUUGAGUGAGCCCACUCCCUUGGCUGAAAGCAACCCCACACAUGAAUGGUCUCAGGAUGCUUUACUGUUGGCAUGACACAGGACUGAUGGUAGCUGCUCACCUUGUCUUCUCUCGGACAAGCUUUUUUCCGGAUGCCCCAAACAAUCGGAAAGGGGAUUCAUCAGAGAAAAUGACUUUACCCCAGUCCUCAGCAGUCCAAUCCCUGUACCUUUAGCAGAAUAUCAGUCUGUCCCUGGUGUUUUUCCUGGAGAGACUGGCUUCUUUGCUGCCCUUCUUGACACCAGGCCAUCCUCCAAAAGUCUUUGCCUCACUGUGCGUGCAGAUGCACUCACACCUGCUUGCUGCCAUUCCUGAGCAAGCUCUGCACUGGUGGUGCCCCGAUCCCGCAGCUGAAUCAACUUUAGGAGACGGUCCUGGCGCUUGCUGGACUUUCUUGGGCGCCCUGACGCCUUCUUCACAACAAUUGAACCUCUCUCCUUGAAGUUCUUGAUGAUCCGAUAAAUAGUUGAUUUAGGUGCAAUCUUACUAGCAGCAAUAUCCUUGCCUGUGAAGCCCUUUUUGUGCAAAGCAAUGAUGACGGCACAUGUUUCCUUGCAGGUAACCAUGGUUAACAGAGGAAGAACAAUGAUUUCAAGCACCACCCUCCUUUCAAAGCUUCCAGUCUGUUAUUCUAACUCAAUCAGCAUGACAGAGUGAUCUCCAGCCUUGUCCUCGUCAACACUCUCACCUGUGUUAACGAGAGAAUCACUGACAUGAUGGCAGCUGGUCCUUUUGUGGCAGGGCUGAAAUGCAGUGGAAAAGUUUUUUGGGGGGAUUCAGUUCAUUUUCAUGGCAAAGAGGGACUUUGCAAUUAAUCUGAUCACUCUUCGUGACAUUCUGGAGUAUAUGCAAAUUGCCAUCAUCAAAACUGAGGCAGCAGACUUUGUGAAAAUUAGUAUUUGUGUCAUUCUCAAAACUUUUGUCCACGAUUGUAGAUGGGUGAGAAAAAAAUACACUUAUUCGAUUUUGAAUUCAGGCUGUAACACAACAAAAUGUGCAAUAAGUCAAGGGCUAUGAAUACUUUCUGAAAGCACUUUAUUUAUAUGUAUAUUCCUCAAGUGGUACAUUUUAGAAGCCCCUAAGUAGUUUUUCUUCUUUUUUUUUUAUCUCUCCUGCACAUCUUUUGUCUUUGUUUCUCACAAUCUUUUGUUUUUAAUCUUUUCUUGUGUGUCAAAAAUGAUAAUAAGUGAAGGGCACUAUAGUCCUUCCUUAUUUUUGCCCCCUAUUCAGCUAAAAUAAUACAGUUCCCCAUCCUUAAUCUUUCUCCUCUCUUCAUUCCCAGUGCUCAGUGUGUGGAAAGAGUUUCUCUCAGUCUUCCAGUCUCAACAAACACAUGCGGGUACACUCUGGAGAGCGCCCCUACAAGUGUGUCUACUGUAACAAGGUAAGCAUAGAAGAGUGUGUGUGUGUGUAUAAUCCUCGGUGAGCUCACCAUUUAGAAGCUUCCCCAUUUCAUGAGCCCCCUCGUAAUGUUGUCCCGGUGCAGCCUGCAGGCACGCUCCACCGAGCCACUUCCAUGGUGAUUAGCGCCAGAUGUACACCCACCCUAUUGUUCCCCCUCUCCCCGCGAUUACACUCUCAAUUUACGGCUCUCAGAGGAACAGACGUUUUCUUUGUUGUUUGUAGGAAAUGAGAACAACCCCCUCGGUUUUUAUGUAGGCCUAGCCUACUUAAAUAAUGUUGUUUAACCCAAAACCCCUGUUUAACAAUGUUGGCUAUUUGCUAGUCUUUUAAAAUAUCUAAAUGAUAAGGUAGCUUGUUUGAUUUUCCGAGAACAGAGAAUGAAGAUACACCAUCAAAUGUUAGGCCUGGGAACCGUUUUAUUUAUUGCCAUGAACAACCUGUCGCGUUGUUGAAAGCAAAAAGUCAAGUCACCCAAAUAUGAUGUUAUCAGAACUACUGAGUGCACAUUCUUCUGUUCUAAGCGUGUCACUCAAACUUCUAUGUUCUCUACUCUGUUCUAGGCCUUUACUGCCUCCAGCAUCCUGCGCACGCACAUCCGCCAGCACUCCGGAGAGCGGCCGUUCAAGUGUAAGCACUGCGGGAAAGCCUUCGCCUCGCACGCCGCACACGACAGUCAUGUCCGGCGCACACACGCCAAGGAUAAACCCUACCCGUGCGACGUGUGUGGAAGCACCUUUCAAGAAGCGACAGAACUCAAUAACCACACGAAGAGUCACACAGGUAAGAUUUGAUUGUCACUAAAAAGCCUACUGAAGGAAUAGGACACGUUUGUACCAAGGUCGAGGCGUAUAUCUUGAGUGCAAAAUCAAAAUACACUGGAUAAAUACAAAAAUAUAUGGUUGUACUUAUGUCGAUUUAAUAUGGAUGUUCAUUCUAAAAUGUUAUCUUUUCAUUAUUGACAGAAAGACCCCUCUCAGACAACGCAGUUCCCCCUACCAUCUCACUAAACGGAUCUUUGGAGGAUACAACAACGAUGCAGAAGUUCUCGUACACAGGACUGACUGUUCUGAACCCAGAAUAUCGACCCUGGAACUAA